GUGACGCGACAGAGCAGGACACUUCCGGUCAGCUGAUUAGGCUGCAGCUAGAGCGUUUACAUCGUUAUCGCAUAAGUGUCAAUAUUUAUUCGUUUUUAUUAUUAUUGUUGUUGGGGUUUUUUUGUGUAAACUUUCAGACAUUUUGAGUCCAACUUUCACAACAAAGGGACAGCCAUGGCGCUCAGUGAUGCCGACGUUCAGAAACAGAUCAAACACAUGAUGGCCUUUAUUGAGCAAGAGGCCAACGAGAAGGCGGAGGAAAUCGAUGCAAAGGCUGAGGAAGAGUUCAACAUCGAGAAGGGACGACUUGUGCAAACACAGAGGCUGAAGAUAAUGGAGUACUACGAGAAGAAAGAGAAGCAGAUUGAACAGCAGAAGAAAAUUCAGAUGUCCAAUCUGAUGAAUCAGGCCAGGCUGAAGGUGCUCAAGGCUAGGGAUGACAUGAUAAUGGAUCUUCUAAACGAAGCCCGUAUGCGGUUAGCUGUAAUCGCUAAAGACAAGACUCAGUACCUGACUCUGUUAGAAGGACUCAUUCUGCAGGGCUUUUAUCAGCUGCUGGAGUCGAAGGUGACGAUUCGCUGUCGCAAGGAUGAUCUGGCCAUGGUGGAGGCUGCUGUCCAGAAAAAUAUCCCCAUCUACAAAGAAACUGUGAAAAGUAACAUCGAAGUCCGCAUCGACAAGGACAACUUCCUCUCCCCUGACAUCUCGGGAGGCGUGGAGGUGUACAACGCGAACGGAAAGAUCAAGGUGGCCAACACUCUGGAGAGCAGACUGGACCUCCUGGCUCAGCAGAUGAUGCCUGAAAUCCGAGUUUCUUUAUUCGGCGCCAACCAGAACCGCAAGUUCAUGGAUUAACAGAUCCUGCGACCAAAAGAAAUAGAAAUGAUUUAGCCUUAUAACCUCAACGUGACUGUUUAUGAGUUUUUAUGCAAGGUGCGUAAGAGCUCGCUGUCCCUCUGUGUGAUCUUCUUUCUUCUUCGGCUGUGAAAGCGGUCCAGGUUUCCUUCCUCUGAAGGCAGGACCGACCGGAAAGUGAGGUGUACUGAAGCCAGCUAUGUUCACUCAUGGAUAAUAAGGAGCUCAGAUCUUUACACUGUAAACAAGCACAUCACCGUUACUGUGGCUCUCCUUUCAGACGACCGUUGUUGGUUAAAUCCACAGCUUUCUUAACAUGUCAGGAUGUUUCCCCUGCCUUAAACAUGGUGUGUUUGUUCUGUAUAACCUUUCUGUGAUUGCUUGUGUGUGUGGGGCGAAGAGAAAACUGAGGAUCAAGUAAAUCAAAUAUAUUUUAUUUCUAUAUUUGGAAACAUUCAGUACUGGUGUUGUGUUAAAAUCCUUUGUUACAAUACAAACGUCAACCAAAAAACAAAACAAGUAUACCUUAUUUCUUCUUUCAUUGUCUUUGAAAAUGAGAACAAAUUAGUACAUAUAUUUCAUCACAUACAGUAUGUACAUCACAUGAAAUAACUUCUCCUGUUGAAGUGCUGGACAAAUGAUGUUUCGUUUGGACACAAUACUGUCAAAACUGCACCUCCAGUCAAUUCUGCAUUAUAGUGUCGUGCAUACACAAGUGCUUACGGUCACCACGGGCCUCGUUUAUCGAUCGUUUUAGUCAAGCUGUGUGUGCAAAAACCCAAAAUACAAAUUCCGGCCAGAUUUACGUUUCAGAAAAGCUGAUUUUAAUAUUGUUUGUGUGUGGAUAGAAAUCAGCUUUAAGUUAACAAGCACAUUCUCAGAACAGGUGAUUCUGGAAAGCCACAAAACUCUAUAAAGCGUUCAGUGACCUGAAAAUGGCGACUAAACGGGCUCCUAAACACAGAAGUCUUCCACUAAUGCAGCUCAUUGUAUACCACACACACACACACACACUUAAUCCGUCCGCUUUUAAUAGGGUGCAAUUACUUCUGUACUAACUGAAUAGCUAGAAUGGCUUAUAGAAUUGUUUCGGAUUGCAUUUUUCCCCAGGUGAUUGUGUAUAAUUGAAAUCAUUUAUUGUUUUCGAUUUUUAGAUCCUUUGGAUUUUAUGUAAACGACACAGCGAGACAUACAAACAUGAAUAUGAUUUCCUUUAUAAAAACUGGAUUUUUAAUAUAAUAUCAUGGAGAAGUGUUCCAGUGAGCAGUCUACAAGUAAACCCUUUCCAUUUAUAUCCGAACUGAUAAACGAGGUCCAGCGUCAGAUUGUGGACACUAGAAAUACUGUCACGCUCUAGAUGAAGCAACACUGCCUUUUUAUUUCAGCAAGUAUUUGAGAUAAACUCUGUCCUACACCUGGUGGAAACUAUACAUUCAGUGAUGCUGAAAAGUUUGUGAACCCUUUAGAAUUUUCUAUACUGUGUAUCUACAUAAGUCCAGUCCAGUCACACCAGAAAGCAGAGGGUCAUAUACUUUUGCCUCUCACACAUGUAAUGUUGGAUCAUUUCCCUCAGUAAAUAAAUGAUUAAGUAUA